CAAAAACAAAAAACAAAAACAAAAACAAAGUUAAGAGAGACCAAAUCAGAGUUAUGGCAGCUGAAAAUAAUGAUGUUAUUCCUUUGCUCAGCCCACACAAAAUGGGAGAAUUCUCCCUCUCCCACAGAAUAGUAUUAGCACCUUUAACCCGGGAUCGGUCAUACAACAACAUUCCACAGCCACAUGCUGCCUUGCACUACUCUCAGCGAACUACCAAAGGCGGCCUCCUUAUCGCUGAAGCAGCCGGUGUAUCGGACACUGCUCAAGGGUUACCUGAUACGCCUGGAAUUUGGACAAAGGAGCAUGUUGAGGCAUGGAAACCUAUAGUGGACGCUGUACAUCAAAAGGGUGGUGUUUUCUUCGUGCAGUUGUUGCACGUUGGUCGUGCCUCUACUUAUGAUUACCAGCCAGGUGGCCAAGCUCCAAUCUCAUCGACAGACAAAGGACUGGCCCCUGGCCUACAAAACUAUGCUCCUCCUAGAAAACUAGCCACAGAUGAAAUUCAUGGUAUUGUCAAUGAUUUCAGAUUGGCUGCACGCAACGCUAUUGAAGCAGGAUUCGACGGAGUCGAGAUAAAUGGCGCCAACGGCUACUUGAUCGACCAGUUCACGAAGGAUCAAGUCAACAACAGGACAGACGAAUAUGGAGGGAGCCUAGAGAACAGGUGUCGUUUCGUUCUGGAAGUGGCGGAAGCUGUGAUCGACGAGAUAGGAGCAGGAAGAGUUGGGAUGAGACUGUCUCCGUAUUCAGAUUUCAACGAGGCAGGUGACUCUGAUCCGGACAGGCUUGGCCUCUACUUGGCCAAUGCCUUCAGCAAGCUGGACCUCGUGUACCUCCACGUGAUCGAGCCACGAUCUGUUGGUGCAGAUGUUAUCGAAGGGUGCCCGGAGGGUCAGCUCCUCCCCAUGAGGAAGGCAUUUAAAAACACCUUCAUCGUUGCUGGUGGCUUUGACAGGACUACGGGGAACGAAGUUGUGGCCGAAGGUGGCACGGAUUUGGUAGCGUACGGUCGCAUGUUCUUGGCGAAUCCGGAUUUGCCAAAGAGGUUCCGCUUGGAUGCUCCGCUAAACAAGUAUGACAGGAGCACAUUCUACACUUCUGAUCCUGUUGUUGGCUAUAAUGACUAUCCAUUUCUUGAGCAAGCAUAGGAUACAUGGCGGAUCCAGAAAAUGAAAUCCGUGGGAUUGGAUAUAAUAAAAAAUAAUACUAAUAAAUAUAAUAUUUAAAUAA